UGCGCGCGGUCAUGGCGGCCCCUCCGUACGGGUCCCGCGGCGGCCGCCCGGCUGGGUCGCUGUCGCGGGCGCUGGUGCUGGCCGUGCUGGUCGGGCUGUCCCCGAGCGGCCCGGCGGGCGCCGUCCCGAGCCCGGGGGACCGCUGGGGGCGCCACAAGCCCGAGCCGCCCGUCUCCCGCAGCCGCUCGGUGCUGGUGGACGCGGCGUCGGGCCAGCUGCGCCUGGUGGACGGCCUCCACCCCGGGGCCGUGGCCUGGGCCAACCUCACCAACGCCAUCCGCGAGACCGGGUGGGCCUUCCUGGAGCUGGGCACCAAUGGCAGCUACAAUGACAGCCUGCAGGCCUACGCAGCUGGCGUGGUGGAGGCUUCUGUGUCAGAGGAGCUCAUCUACAUGCACUGGAUGAACACAGUGGUGAACUACUGCGGCCCGUUCGAGUACGAGGUCGGCUACUGUGAGAAGCUCAAGAGCUUCCUGGAGGCCAAUCUGGCAUGGAUGCAGGCGGAGAUGGAGCAGCAGGUGAACUCCACCUACUGGCACCAGGUGCGGCUCACCCUCCUGCAGCUGAAAGGCCUGGAGGACAGCUACGAAGGCCGUGUGGCCUUCCCGACAGAGAAGUUCACCAUCAAACCCUUGGGGUUCCUCCUGCUGCAGCUCUCGGGAGACCUGGAAGACCUGGAGCCCGCCCUGAACAAGAGCAACAGCAAGCCUGUGCUGGGCUCGGGCGCCUGCUCCGCCCUGGUCAAGCUGCUGCCCGGCCACCGCGACCUGCUGGUGGCCCACAACACCUGGAACGCCUACCAGAGCAUGCUGCGGGUCAUCAAGAAGUACUGGCUGCAGUUCCGGGAGGGCCCCGCAGAGGACCAGCCCCUGAUCCCCGGCAGCAAGCAGGUCUUCUCGUCCUACCCGGGAACCAUCUUCUCCUGUGACGACUUCUACAUUCUGGGCAGCGGGCUGGUCACACUGGAGACCACUAUCGGCAACAAGAACCCCGCCCUGUGGAAGUACGUGCAGCCCGAGGGCUGCGUGCUGGAGUGGGUGCGGAACAUCGUGGCCAACCGCCUGGCUGUGGAUGGGGACUCCUGGACAGACACCUUCAAGAGGUUCAACAGUGGCACGUAUAAUAACCAGUGGAUGAUCGUGGACUACAAUGUGUUCAUUCCGGGAGGGCCCAGUGUUCCGAGCAGGGUGCUCACCAUCCUGGAGCAGAUCCCGGGCAUGGUGGUAAUAGCUGACAAGACCCAGGAGCUCUACCACGCCACCUACUGGGCCAGCUACAACAUCCCGUCCUCCGAGACCGUGUUCAAUGCCAGCGGGCUGCGGGAGCUGGUGGCCCAGUACGGGGACUGGUUCUCCUACGACAAGAGCCCCCGUGCCCAGAUCUUCCGGCGGAACCACUCGCUGGUCCACGACAUGCACUCCAUGAUCCAGCUGAUGAGGUACAACAACUUCCUCCACGACCCCCUGUCGCUGUGCGAGGCCUGCGACCCCAAGCCCAACGGGGAGAACGCCAUCUCCGCCCGCUCCGACCUCAACCCGGCCAACGGGUCGUACCCGUUCCAGGCGCUACGGCAGCGCUCCCACGGGGGCAUCGACGUGAAGGUCACCAGCAUGUCACUAGCCAAGGCCCUGGGGCUGCUGGCCGUCAGCGGCCCCACGUGGGACCAGGUGCCCCCGUUCCAGUGGAGCUCCUCGCCCUUCCCAGACGUGCUACACAUGGGCCAGCCGGACCUCUGGAAGUUCUUGCCCGUGGAGGUCCUGUGGGGCCCGUUCUGGAGACCCGCCCCGCCCUCUGAGGGGCCCUGAUUUGUCGCCAGGGUCUGCCAGGGCCACCUGCAUCCAGUGGUCUCCUCGCGGAGUGACAUGCAAACCCAACAGGGCACGGGCCCGACCUCACUGUCCCCAGAAGCAGGGCAGCCACGGCCAUCCCGCCCUGCCUGUCUUGCUUUCUCCCUCCCUCCAUGGCUCUCUCCCCCUCCGCUGCUCUCCCUCCCUCCCUCCCUCACCCCCAUUUCUCCAUGUCUCUGCCAUCUCUGGGCCUGCCCUAAUACUCUGCUCCCUCCUCAGUCCUAAACUGGGCCUCCCCCCAGGCCUCCUCCCCUCUCCCUCGCUUGGGAUUCCUGGGGUAGUGAGCUUCUGGUCCUGGGUGUGGUCUCUGGUUGGUCCUGGCCAGUCUGGUGCCUCCCUCUUCAGGGAGCAGCCCUGCCCAUGUCCCUCGUUCCUCUGUCUGGGCAGCUUCCUGAGGACAGAAGCUUGAUCACGCACACGAACCAAAGUUUCUGGCCACCUAUGGCUGGCGGACUCUCAGUGUCUUCUCCCUGCGGGGCUGGUAGCUCUGCGCCCAGGCUCCGGUCUGCCCCACCCCUGCCUAGACCUGCCCCUGGGCUCCGGCCAGAGCCAUAGCACCCUGCUGCAGCAACCGAAGGGCAGGCCGUGCGUGAUGCCAUUAAACAUGAGAGGCUGUG